GACGGCCGAGAUCAUCCCUCACCGAGCCACAGCGCACUUGGUCUCCCUCCUCUCCUCCGACCUCAGCCCCCCGUCCUCUCCCCUGCCAUGGAGCCCGACGCCGCCCAAAACCCUAACCCUAGCCCCGCCCCGCCGCCCAUCUCCGCCUACUACCAGACGCGCGCGGAGCACCACGCCGUCGUAUCCAGCGACUGGCUGGCCCACGCCGCCGCCGCCGCGGCCGCCAACCCCGGCGCCGAUGCGGCGGACGCGGCCGCCGCUCCGCCCCCGUCCCCGGGCGCCGGCGGCGUGAUCGAGGAAUUCAACUUCUGGCGCCGCAAGCCCGAGGCCGCGGAGGCGGUCGCCGCCAUCAUGGCGCUUGCCGCCGUCAUCCGCUCCAGCAGAGCCACCACCAUGAUGGAGCUCGAGAUCGAGCUCAAGAAGGCCUCGGACAAGCUCAAGUCCUGGGAUGCUACUUCCAUUUCUCUAUCUGCUGCUUGUGAUUUGUUCAUGCGGUUUGUAACGAGAACCUCACAUCUGGAGCAUGAAAAGUUUGAUGCAGCAAAAUCACGCUUAAUUGAGCGUGGAGAAAAAUUUGGAGAGAUAUCAUUAAAGGCUCGCAAGACAAUUGCAAUGCUCAGCCAGGAUUUCAUUUAUGAUGGAUGUACUAUGCUUGUACAUGGGUAUUCCAGAGUGGUAUUGGAAGUUCUAAAGCUAGCUGCAUCAAAUCACAAGCUCUUACGGGUACUAUGCACAGAGGGCAGGCCAGACAGAACUGGUUUAAGAAUGUCAAAUGAACUUGCAGCAUUAGGCAUCCCUGUUAAGGUGCUAAUUGAUUCAGCUGUUGCUUAUUCCAUGGAUGAAGUUGACAUGGUAUUUGUUGGUGCUGAUGGGGUUGUUGAGAGCGGAGGAAUAAUCAACAUGAUGGGCACUUAUCAGAUAGCUCUUGUGGCUCAUAGUAUGAACAAACCUGUUUACGUGGCAGCUGAAAGUUACAAGUUUGCUCGUCUAUAUCCCUUGGACCAAAAGGACAUGACGCCAGCUCACCGGCCAAUAGAUUUUGGAGUCCCAGUACCCACUGGUGUGGAAGUCGAGACAUCGGCAAGAGACUACACCCCUCCGCAAUAUCUCACGCUUCUCCUGACCGAUCUUGGUGUUCUCACACCAUCUGUUGUGAGUGAUGAGCUCAUUCAAUUGUACCUAUGAUCAUUGAUGUGGAAACUGUUGUCUCAGACGAGGUGUUACUGCUGUUGAAUCCAGGGGUUUUCCUGCCAGUUUUGACUAUAUGAUGUAUCACCUUUAUGGUACCGAUGCGAUGUAUGAAAAGCUCUUGAGAAUAGUUGUGCAAGAGAGGAUAACAAUUUUGUUAGACACUCUCUGUAGCUAGCUAUUGUAAUUCGGUAGCCAUUAACAUCUUGCAUUUCCCUUGCCAGAA